AUGACUGCUGAGGUGGCUGCCGACGCAAAGGACGUCGAAACCUUGUGUGCCCUGGCCUACUUGGAGUCCAGGACGGGCCAGGGCACGGAAGCGAAGCAAAAUUCUUCUUCAUGGAUGGCGCAGGCCAUGAAGGCCGAUCCGACUCAUCCUGCAGUCUUGUGCCGAGCUGCUGACCAUUCGUUUAGUUGUGGUCUGCAGGAAGCUCGUGCCGGCAAGGCUCUCCCUGAUGCUUGGAAGCUGGCAAAGAAACUGCUAGACAGGGCCUUGGAGAACAGCGAUGUGCCACAGGUUGUGGCUGAAGUCCGGUACCAACUUGGGAGAAUGGAACAUGCACUAGGCCGUUUCAGCGAGGCUAGAGAAUUGUACAAGCAAUGCGUCCAGAUUAACCCUGAUCAUCUUGCAGGGGUCUAUGUCUUUGCCCAGUGCCUGGUGCACGAGCGGUAUUUUUCACAAGCCGUCACAGUCCUCGAGAAGGCACCGCCACAGCUGCGCAAAGAACCCCAGGUCAAAAAGCUGUUGACGGCCGCCUACCUAGCAACAGGAGAGCACGACAAGCAGGCAGGAGGUCAAGGUUCCGACGACGCCUUGAAGGCCCAGGCUCAGGCUCUGCCAGCUUUGAGCACUCGCAUUGUCUUCACGUUGGCUGGCCAGACGCUGGAGGGAAAGGUUGGUUUUGCUGGGGAGACGGAGUUUGCUCCGGGCAACUGGGUUGGUGUGAUACUGGAUGGCCCGUAUGGCAAGAAUGACGGAUCAGUGAAGGAUAAGCAGUACUUCAACUGCGCACCUCAACAUGGUCUUUUCGUCCGACCGCAGAACAUUGUCCAGGCAACCGAUGCGAAUGGACGGAUUUUGCUCCGACGGAAGAGUUUGGCAUCAGGCAAGCUUGGGUCUGGUCACGACGUGAAGCGGGAAAGCGUUGCUGUGACCGGAUCCUCAACUCCGAAGCGCGGCUCUCUGGCAGUGAACCCUCUGCAGGAGUUGCUCGAGAUGCAGAGCGAAAAGGCAGCACAAGACAGGCGUGUCUCGCAGAUGACAUCCGAAUUGGAUGCGGCCCGGCGAGCGUCGACAGCGGCGUUGGAUGAGGUCCACCAGCUCAUGCAUGCUAUGCAAAGUGGCCGCGAGGAGUGCAAGACCAGCCUGCAGGAUGCCCAGCUGGCAUCCGAAAGGCAGUGCUCUGAGAUGCUCGACAAGCUGGAAAAAUCCGAGGAAACAGCUGCGGAGGCAAUGAAGACCUCGGAUCACUUUGCGGCCGCCUUGAGGAAGGCUGAGGAAGAUCUCAAAGCUAAAUCGGAGGCGCUGAGCACUGCGGAUGCCGAGCUUCACAGGCAAGAAGUUGCACAAGCAGAAAUGACUAAGCUCAGGCAAGAGCUUAGUGUCGAACAGCAGCUGUCGUUCUCCAAAGCUGAGGAAGUCAGUCGGUUGGAGAACAGCUUGCGGCAGGAACGCCAGAGAUGUGAAUCUUUGCAAGAAGAUUGGCGCAACGCACAGAGCAUGGCUGACACAGCUCGCGCUGAGCUGCUGCAAGCAAGCCGCGCUCACUUUGAGCAAGCAAAGGAUGUUGAGGCCAUGUCGGUGAAAGCAGCACGAAGGCAUUCAGAAUUUCUGCAGGAAGUGCAGGAGUUGCGCGACGAGCUUUCGGAGGAGCGCCGCAAGUUGCGCGCGAAGGAGGAUGAAGACAGCAAAAGCAGGCGGGCCAGUCCGAAGCUUGCCGCCUAUCCGAGCCGCGCGGCACUGAUCAGACCUUGCUUAGGAGCGUGCCAGUACUUCGAGUACAUAGUCUGGAGAGGGUCCUCGGGGUCCCCGAGGCUGCUGAGGACACUUGUAGUUACAUGCAAGAGAAGCGAAAGCCGCUCGAAAAAGAAGUUGAGUCAGAGAUGCGAAGCAGGCCAAGGCAGGAAAGAAGGAACAAGCAAACGAAGGGUUUUUCGGCGAAGAACAUCGAUUCUUUCCUUGAGCUUGAGCUCUCCAUGCGACAUUACCACCUCCAUCCUCCUCCUGUCGUCCCUUGCAUUGGCCGGAGCGGGAGGGCCCUGGCAGCUGCUUCCCUUGCUUUCACCUCCUCCUUGUCAGACUCCCAUUCGUUUGCACACUCCGCUACCUCACUCUGACUGCCAAGUCGUUUUUUCAGGCUUCUCCGAGUUUUUCCUGAGUCACAUGUGCUGCUCUCGCGGCACCAGCCAUGCAGCUUUGAUUCCUGCCGAAGACGAAAGCCGACAAGCCCAGGGCAUUCGGCUGGAUGGCGGUGAAGGGCCGAUUCGAGCUGGUUGA